AUGAGGGCGGACUGCCGAAGGACGACUGCAGGGCCCGGGCCAGGCCGGGGCGAUGGCAGGGCCGCGGGGCCCAGGCGGGGCCCGAGAAGGAGCAGGAGCCGGAGCCGGAGGAGAAGGCGGAGGAGGAGGCCGGGGCCCGGGAGUCCGCGCUGUGGCGCCUGCCCGAGGAGCUGCUGCUGCUCAUCUGCUCCUACCUGGACGUCCGGGCCCUGGGCCGCCUGGCGCAGGUGUGCCGCUGGCUCCGGCGCUUCACCGGCUGCGACCUGCUGUGGCGCCGCAUAGCCCGGGCCUCGCUCAACGCCGGCUUCUCGCCGCUCGGCACCGACCUGAUGGCAAGCAUCCCAGUGAAGGAACGGGUGAAGGUGUCUCAGAACUGGAGGUUGGGGCGCUGCCGAGAAGGGAUUUUGCUGAAGUGGAAGUGCAGUCAGAUGCCCUGGAUGCAGCUAGAGGGUGAUUCUCUGUACAUAUCCCAGGCUAAUUUUAUAUUGGCUUAUCAGUUCCGCCCGGAUGGUGCCAGCUUGAACCGUCGGCCCAUGGGAGUCUUUUCUGGACAUGAUGAGGAUGUUUGCCACUUUGUUCUGGCCAACUCACAUAUUAUCAGUGCAGGAGGAGAUGGGAAGAUUGGCAUUCAUAAGAUUCAUAGCACCUUCACUGUCAAGUACUCGGCUCAUGAACAAGAGGUGAACUGUGUGGAUUGCAAAGGGGGCAUCAUUGUGAGUGGCUCCAGGGACAGGACAGCUAAGGUAUGGCCUUUGGCCUCAGGCCGGCUGGGUCAGUGUUUACACACCAUUCAGACUGAAGAUCGAGUUUGGUCCAUUGCUAUCAGCCCACUGCUCAGCUCUUUUGUUACAGGGACGGCUUGUUGUGGGCACUACUCACCCCUAAGAAUCUGGGACCUCAACAGUGGGCAGCUGAUGACACACCUGGGCAGUGACUUCCCCCCUGGGGCAGGGGUGCUGGACGUCAUGUAUGAAUCCCCCUUCACACUGCUGUCCUGUGGCUACGACACCUACAUACGAUACUGGGACCUGCGUGCCAGUGUCCGGAAAUGUGUCAUGGAGUGGGAGGAGCCACACGACAGCACCCUGUACUGCCUGCAAACAGACGGCAACCACCUGCUGGCCACUGGAUCCUCCUACUACGGUGUGGUACGCCUGUGGGAUCGGCGCCAGCGGGCUUGCCUACACGCCUUCCCGCUGACAUCGACGCCCCUCAGCAGCCCUGUGUACUGCCUGCGCCUCACCACCAAGCACCUCUAUGCCGCGCUAUCCUACAACCUCCACCUCCUGGACUUUCAGAGCCCGUGACAGGCAGGCCCACCAGCCUGUGGGCAGGAAAGCAGCUACUCAGGGACUCUCCUCCUGGAGGGUACAGUGAUACCCCCACCCCACCCCUGUGCCGGCAGAGCUUGGGCACCCACCAUAGGCUAAGGACUACAGACAUGGAUGUGGGAAUACCCGAGGCACAGUCCCCACACAGGAACCAGAUGGAGAAAAGGUGCCUGCUGCCGGGGAGGGCAGAGCUGGGCUCGGGAAGGAUUUGGCCUGCACAAGCCUACCCUGCUGUCCCCUCUGAACCUGGGAUGAGGCCACACCUCCUCGAUCAGACAAACCCCCACCCCCACCUCCCGACCUUCACCAGCCAAGCUUUCAGUGCUGGGCAUGCUGUGCCUGGUCUUUCUUUGAAACCAAGAGAGGACAAAGUUCUGAGCCAAGUCCAGCCUUAGGCUUUCUAUCAGGACGUGCUGCACCAUUCAGUUUUGUAAAAGUAAAGCUUGAUUGUUCACA